CCGUCCCCUAUCAAAUAAAACCCUUCACGAGAAAAUAUGCAGCUCUUUUACUAAUCCCGAAACCGAGAGAAAAUCACACUACCCAGAUUUUCUUUCCAUCCAAACACUUCUCUCAUUCGCAUCUCUCUAAAAAUUCCUUUCGUAUUUUUUGAACCACCUCUCAAUUUUGUCUGCAGUUUCUUAGAAAAUAAACAGACCUCGAUUGCUAUCACGAUACCACAGGAAAAAGAAAACAAAAAAAGGUAUGCUUAAUCUGUUGUUUCGAGCCUUUAAAAACACUUAGAUAGAUUUUCUAGGGUUUCCAGAUUAGCUAUAUUAGCUAUUGAAAUGAUCUCUAUUGUAAAAAGCGAUGGUGAAUUAGAUACAAAAACUGAGACAAAUGAAGAGAACCAAUCAAAAACUAGGGUUUCAGGUGAUGGGAUGGAGAGUGAGGCUAUUUCUAGGGUUUUAGAGAAUAAUGGAUCUACUGGAGAGGUUAAUGAAGCAAUAAUGGUUGGUCAUGUAGAUAAAAAAGAAGAAGAAGAAGAAGAAGAAGAAGAAGAAGAGGAAGAAUCAUCUAGGGUCUUUGAAGUGAAAAAUGAGAGAACGCCUCCGAGCUUUGUUCAAUUCGACCUAAAAAAUGACCGAUUUGCCCCUCAAGAUGAUGAAUUAGAUGAUGCUAAAAAUGAUGAUCAGAUGGAACAUUCUGGAGGAGGUGAUAAUAAGGUAGAGGUUUAUAGUUCGUUAUUGUCCGAGUUUGAUGAUUUUGUUGCUAACGAGAAGCAUGGAGCAAUGGAAGGAGCAUGUAGGGCAUUGAGUUAUGGAUUUGAAGUUGGUGACAUGGUGUGGGGAAAAGUGAAAUCGCACCCUUGGUGGCCAGGGCAUAUUUUUAAUGAAGUCUUUGCAUCAUCUUCUGUGCGGCGUACUAGGAGGGAAGGUUAUGUGUUAGUUGCAUUCUUUGGAGAUAGUAGUUAUGGGUGGUUUGACCCGGCUGAGCUUAUUCCUUUUGAUCUUAAUUUUGCUGAUAAAUCUCAGCAAACAAGCUCAAGGACUUUUGUUAAAGCAGUUGAGGAAGCUGUUGAUGAGGCAAGUAGAAGGUGUGGGCUUGGUUUGGCUUGCAGGUGCAGAAACAAGUAUAAUUUUAGGCCAACUAAUGUGCAAGGGUAUUUUGAGGUUGAUGUGCCAGAUUAUGAAGCAAGAGGGGUUUAUUCGGGAAAUCAGAUUAAGAAGGCGCAGGAGAAGUUUCAGCCCGGUGAGACUCUUGCUUUUGUAAGGCAGUUAGCUUCUGCACCAAAUGAUUGUCAUUGGAGUACUAUUGAUUUUUUUAAGAAUAAGGCUACAGUUUUUGCUUUUCGUAAGGCAGUGUUUGAGGAGUUUGAUGAGACUUAUGCACAGGCAUUUGGAGUACAGACAAAGCGGUCUCCUAAUGAUCCAGCUAAUGCUUCAAAUCAACCUGUUAAAUUUCCAACUCGGGCUCCUUUGAGUGGUCCCCUGGUAAUAGCAGAAGCCCUAGGUGGUGUGAAGAGCUCCAAAAAGGCUGUGAAAGUCAAGGACCCAUCAAAGAAAGAUAGAUACCUCAUCAAACGAAGAGAUGAACCAGUUGAUUCAAGAACCAUCGAGAUUGGUGCAACACAAGCAAGCUCCUCUGCCCCAGCAGCAUAUGAGGAAGGUUCUUCAGUAGCAACUGGUGAUUAUGUUUUUCAGAAAAGGGCUCCAACGCCUAUUUCAGCAAAAAAUAUACAUCCUGGGAUUAUCAGCAAUGAAGUUGGGGGACUGAGUCAAGAUUCUGUUGGCAAAGCAGUUAUCUUAGAUCAGGGUAGUCUUUUAGAUGCGAAUUUAUCUCAUAUUGUGGAGAAGGAUGCUCUGCAAGAAACACAUGACAAAUUGGGAUCAGAUACCGUUUUGGAAACCCGUACAGGUCAGUCAGAUAUUGUUCUCAAGGGGUUGCCUUUGGGUGUUACGGAAGCUCUAUCACCUUCUCUUCAGCAAGAAGGUGAGGCCAUGGUUGACAUCAGAUAUGAAGAGACUGAAAAAGUGUUCAGAUUGAAUGAAGGUUCUCUUCAAACCGAGAGCAUUUCUGCGAGAACAACGGGAGACACUGCUUUGGAUAAGCCUCAGGAUACUCAGACUGCUUCACAUCUUUCACCACUUGAUGCAAAGCGUUGCAUUGGAACUACUGCUGAUAUUAGAGUGAAGAAGGUCAAAGUUCUUAAGCGGCCAUUGGGGGACUUGAGCUCUGAGAACUCUGUUAUAAAAGGAAAAAAGAAGAAAAAGAAGAGAGAUCCAAGUUCAGAAACAAGUUCUGAUCUUCCAAAGAAGAAGCGUUUGGCUACAGGAACAGGUGGGUUAUUGGUGGGAAAUUCAAUGGGAAAUUCUACUAUGGUCAGUGUGGCUCCAAGAGAGGAUUCUUGGGUACACAACCAGAAGACAGAUGCCAGCACCAGUAAUGUCUUAUUCAGUGGUGUUGGAACAUUGCCAAUGGUUGGCAUGGGGAGUAUUGAGCUUGAUAAACCACAUUUAUUAAGUGAUUUGCAUGCUCUUGCUGUUGAUCAUUUUCAUGGUGCAGAAAGGAGUAGUCCUUCAACGACAAUGCAGUUCUUUUUGCUAUUUCGGUCCCAUGUUUUCCAGAAAGCAUCGCCACUACCUGAGACUGAGCCCAUUGAUGUUCGUGGCACUAAAUCUCCACCAUCUGUUGGGGUUUCAGACCAUUCCGCUGGUGAGAACAUCAGAGAUUUGCCACCUCCAAAACCUAUAAAAUCAGUUGUCAGACCUGAUGAUCCAACAAAAGGACGGAAACGGUUGCCAUCUGACCGUCAAGAAGAAAUUGCGGCAAGGAGGUUGAAAAAAAUUAAUCAGUUGAAAUCAUUAGCUGCGGAAAAGAAGGCAGGACAAAGAAGUCUGGAAACUCAUCGCACAGAAGGGAAAGAACCAGUGACUGCUGCUCUACCAAAAUCAGUCAAAUCAGAUUCUUUCAGAAAAAUGGAGCCUCAGCCUAGAGCAGUUCAGCCCACUAUGCUGGUCAUGAAAUUCCCUCCAGAGACAUCUCUUCCAUCUGCUAAUCAGUUGAAGGCAAAGUUUGCCCGGUUUGGCUCGAUAGAUCAGUCUGCUAUCCGUGUAUUUUGGCAGUCUUCAACAUGCCGUGUUGUGUUCCGUCACAAGCUUGAUGCACAGGCAGCUUAUAAGUAUGCUGUUGGGAAUAAUUCCUUAUUCGGCAAUAAUGUGAAUGUUAGGUAUAGUCUUCGAGAAGUAGGAGCUCCUGCAUCGGAAGCACCGGAUUCUGACAGGGGUCGAGGAGAUGACACUUCACUUGAGGUUCCACGGGCUAAGGAUCCAGCAAUUGAAAGACCAUCUCUUGCACACCAGCCUAUUCCUCAGACUACCGUUCAGCUAAAGUCCAUUUUGAAGAAACCAACAGGCGAUGAGGCAGGGCAGGUAACUGGUGGUAGAGGGACAGCACGUGUAAAAUUCAUGUUGGGUGGGGAACAAAGUACUAAUAGGGGUGAGCAAUUGAUGGUUGGUAAUAGGAACUUCAACAACAAUGCUAGUUUUGUUGAUGGUGGUGCACCUACUUCUGUUGCUAUGGAUUUUAAUAGUAAGAACUUUCAAAAGGUUAUUCCUCCAUCUCCAUCACCUAUUCUCCCCCUUCCUACUCAAUUUGCAAAACCGCCACUUAAUAAUUUGCAUCACACUGAAGCACCAAUCAGAAAUAUGCACAAUCUCAAUCCUCCCAGCAUUGACAUUUCACAGCAGAUGCUAAGCCUUUUGACAAGGUGCAACGAUGUUGUUACCACUGUUACGGGCUUGUUGGGCUAUGUGCCUUACCAUCCUCUUUGAUGACACGUAUGGUAUAAUCACUAAAAGCUAAAGAGGCGAUCACAUGAAAAGGCCAGCAAAUUCAUGUCCAAAGCUGCUUAGUUGCUUGUGGGUGCAGCGGAUUCGGAAUACAAAGGAUGAGCUGCAUAAAUAAUUCUUUUUUUGUCAUGGGAAACAAAACAAGGGGAAGACGAAGUUGUGGAGUGAAGUAUUUUGUUUGGGCAUCACGAGGUGUUAAUUGAGAAGCUAAUUAUGGAAAUCCAUCCAAGGGAUUCAAUUUGGUCUUAGAAUUAUUUAACCCUUGGUGCAUCCUCCCAAAUGUAUCUACACAGAGUGUGGCAUCCAUAUAUUUUUGUCUGAUGAUGAUGAUGGUGUUUCUUUACCAUGUAAUACUCUGGGCCAACUUUUGGCCUUGAAAGUAGCAUUUAUGUACUGCUUUUUGUGCUUGAACUGCAACUGCAAGUGCUCGAAAGUUGCUCGCAGAUUUUACUUAUUAUGCUUCUUAGUUUUGGAUAACAAACCUGCGCCGUGAAUUAGAAGUGCUUUAUCUUCAAUCUCCA